AUGAAGUGGAAAAAUCGAGAGCCUUACGCUUAUUGGAAAGGAAAUAGUAAGCUUGGCAUUGCAAGACGAGACCUGAUCAAAUGCAAUGCUUCCGAGGGGAAAGAUUGGAAAGCUCGGUUAUUUGGAAUGGAUUGGCAUGAAGAGAAAAAACAUGGAUUCAAGAGUUCAGAUUUAGCAAGCCAAUGUACUUAUAGAUAUAAGAUAUAUGUCGAAGGGGUAUCGUGGUCCGUUAGUAAAAAAUACAUCUUGGCUUGCGACUCGAUGACUUUGAUCGUGAAGCCUCGUUUUCACGAUUUCUUCACGAGAAGCUUGUUGCCCACGGUUCACUACUGGCCGAUUGACGAGAAGAACAAAUGCGAAUCUAUUAAGUUUGCGGUUGAAUGGGGCAACAAGUACACAAACAAGGCACAGAAUAUUGGAAAAGCUGGGAGUACAUUUGUGCAAGAGAGUUUAGCUAUGGAGUAUGUGUAUGACUAUACUUUCCACCUAUUGAAUGAAUAUGCAAAGCUCAUGAGAUACAAGCCAAGCGUGCCUCGUGGGGCAAUCGAGACCUGUUCGGAAACUCUGGUUUGCUCUGUAAGAGGACAAAAGAAGAGAUUUUUCAAACACUCGAUGGUGACAAAUCCAUCAAACGAGCUUCCUUGCGAAUUGCCUCCUUCCUACGAACAAGGGAAUCUUCGUGAUUUUCUCGGGAUGAAAGAGAAUCUAACGAGGCAAGUCGUGUUUUGGGAAAGAAGUGAAAGCACAAGCAGUUGA